AUGGCGGGGCUGGUGUCGGUCGAGGCGGAGGUGGCGGCGUCUGUGGUUUCAUUUGUCACUUCGGUGGUGGUGGAUUCGGCGGGGGUGGAGCCGCGCCCACGGCGGCGCAUGGUCGUUUCGCCUGACAUUGCUCUCGGACGAUAA